UUGGGGUAGACUCGAUGAUUUCUUAGGUGUUUCUGUUCUAACAUGUCCUCAUACAUUGGAAUUCGUGUGCAACCCUGAAGAAAGACUUUGCCAUGUUUCGGUGGGACAGCUCUGAAAAAUUGAGGUAUGCCGCGGUAUGCCGCCUACCGCCUACCGAUUACCGAUCACCCAGAAUGAGGUGUUUGCGUACCUAAGACUCCCAAAAAAAGGCACAGUGCACUGGUUGUCCCCGAGUUCAGGUGGUUUUCUUCUACAAAGGGAGUUGUGGAUGUUUGUGCUGCUGAAGUGUCCGCAAUCUCCGUUCUCUAUGGCUUUCCACAAGUCUUACUCAACCUACUCGUCUCCGGAAGAACCUCCCCACCCAAACCACUCGAUGUGCGAAAUGCCUUUUGGCCCAUUGGCCUCGCGGACGUACUCGUGGAACUCUUCCUGAGGAACUCACCGAGUACCAGGUGGAAGGCUCUUGGGAUUGGUGGAGUGAAGGUGAUAUCUACGCACAUGUCGAAGUGAACCCUUCGAAGUUUGCGUACAAGUCAGAGGUGCGCUACGACCAGAACAAGGGGGACCUUGAUAUGCAGAUCUACCUGCCAACAGAUGUGGGCACCAUCAAGGUGUCACUGUACGAUCACCAUGAAGUUUUAAGCCAUGAUCUGGUGGGGACCAGCACCUUCAAUCCCGCCACAGAUUGUGGAGCGGAGGAUGUGUGCAGCUUUACCUUAAAAUUCCGGAGCACGGAGACAGUGGUGGAAGAAGUUGCUAGGCUUCAGGGUCGUUGGAUCCGUGGUGGUGCAUUGAGAGCGCAUGCUGAGGAAUGCAACAAGCGAGGUACCUUUGUUCAUUUUGAGGAAGAGACCCGGGAGAAGAGCACCUACAAGCUGUACAGUGUCAAGGCGGAAGGGAUUGAGAAUGAACUCUUCUAUGCUCGGAACGGCUCUGUAUUUCCCGCCUCACUGCACGGCGUGCAUUGGAUGGACCAGCGUGGGACCUCCUUGCGGAAGCGUGGGAAAUAUGAGGAGGAGCCGGACUACAAGCAGGUGUGCGCCCUGUCAGCGGAGGAGGUCUUCAUGCACUUUGGGGAAGCGGCCUGGAACCCGAAGACGAAAUGCGCCACCGGUGUGAGGCAAUAUGGUGGCUCGCCUUUGUCAGGGCAUUGGUCUUGGCUGGAUGAGGGCGGAGUGACGAGCACGCAGUGGGCAAAUGGGAACGGUUGGAACAUGAAGUACGACUUCUGCUUCAGAGAUGAGGAGAUGACCUUCAUCGAUGUGAUGAUCCGGAUCUCUUUGAGUCGCAUCUUGUCCGACACCUUGGGCUUGCCCAGCUUGUUCCCGCCCCAUGUGGAGGUGACCUUGCCCACUUGGCUCAACGGAGUGAGCAUGAAGAAGACCAAGUUCGGCUGGGAUCGCCUAACGACCAUCGGGCCUUCUUGGCUGAGGACGUUGAUCCGAACCACCUUCGACAGUGGAAUCAUCCAGAGCGUCUUUGGGAUGGGUGUGGGAACACCGGCCUUGGAGAGGACUGGCCGUUUCUGUCCGGGGGAAUGGAGUGUCAUUAUCCCUUGCUCCAAAUCGUGGACGGCCACGGCCAGCGAGGCAAGUACUAUCAGGACUACCUGGAGUACAUCAACAACGGCACCAGCUGCACUACGCCAACCUUUGACUGCCAGGUGAAUCAAGCUCCUGGCACCGUCGUCAUUGGGCGCUUGGAGCCCUUCUGAGUCUGGAAAGCCAGUUUGUGAGCUGCCGAAGGCACCGGAAAGAAGC